CACUGCACUGCACAGCACUGCACACCAGGACCUCGCCACGAUGAAGGACGUGCUCCUCGACGCCAACUUCCCGCGCGACGCCCAGGGCCGCACGUACCACGUCGGCACCAAGGCGGGCCAGGUGGCGAACCGGAUCAUCACCGUCGGCGACCACGUGCGGGCGCGGCGCGUCGUCGAGAGCAGCUUCGACGGCGGCCAGGCCCUGUUUGAGUUUGAGUCGCAGCGCAACUUUCUCACGCUCACGGGCACCGUGCGCGGGGUGCCCAUCACCGUCGUCGCCAUUGGCAUGGGCUUCAGUCUCGUCGACUUCUUCGUGCGCGAGUGCGCCGCCGUCGUGUCGGGCGACCUCGUCAUUGUCCGCCUGGGCUCGUGUGGCUCCCUCUCCUCGGACGCGCCCAUCGGCUCCGUCGUCGUGCCCCGGGCCUCGGUGGGUGUGACGAGAAACUACGACUACUUCCACCCGUCGACGACGGCCGAGGAGCGCGCCAGCGGGUCCAUUGAGCCGUACACGAUCACGAAGCCCCUCGACUGCGACGGCGAGGUGCACGACGCCCUCGUGCGCUCGCUUCAGGCGACGCUCCCGCCCGCGGAUCCGGCGCUGUUUGGCGGUGCACCCCCGCGUGCCCUGGGCAACAUCACAAACGCCAGCGCAGACAGCUUCUACUCAUCGCAGGGCCGCCAGACGUCGCUGUUCGUCGACGCAAACGCCAAUCUGGCCGCGGUGCUGCAGGAGCGCGUGCCGCAGCUGCAGACGUUUGAGAUGGAGACCUUCCUCCUCAACCACCUCGCCGCCGCCGUCGACGAGGGCGCAAAGGGCGGCCGCAUCCGCACGGGCGCCGCCCAGAUGGUCUUUGCCAACCGGACCACGCAGCAGUUUAUCACGCCGCACGAGGUCGACGUUCUGGAGCGCUGGGCGGGCCGCGCCGUGUGCGAGGCCCUCGUCGCCAUCGACAUUGCGCCCGAGCGACUGCAAAAGGAGGGCGUGUGGAACUGACCGUGAACUGGCGCAUAGAACGGGCAAUGAAGUGGCGAUGGAACGGGCAAUGAAGGGGCAGUGGACUGGCGAUGGAACGGGCGAUGAGAUUGACGUAUGAGACUGACGUAUGGAGCUGACGUAUGGAGCUGACUAUAGAAGCUGUAUGUCGCCUAGUGUACAGAGAGAGAGACAGAUAGAUAGGGAGAGAGGAAGCGCCAAUAAGAAAAAGGAAAAUGAGAGAGAG